AUGAGCUGCCACUGGACAAGAGGCAGCCAUGAAUUCCAGAAGGGAUCUGUGGACAAGUCUUUUUCACGAGGGUGGAGUAGAGAGCAGCCUGGGCAGGCACCCAUGCGCCAGCGCAGUGCCACCACCACAGGAUCACCUGGCACUGAGAAAGCCAGGAGCAUUGUGCGGCAGAAAACCAUUGCCAUGAGAAGCCGAUCCAUUGGGGACAGUGCCCUGCCAUCCGCCUCUAUCCGCAGCGCUAAAAGUGCACCUGUCCUGAUCCAUCCUUCCAAACCCCUUCUGCCUGAUAUUGUUCUCACUCUGCUUUCCGAUGAGCUGUCAGAAAUGGAGGAUGCCCCAGUGCUUCCCCGUGCACAACGGGUAAGGCAUUAUUCUCAGAGUGAAGAGACCCCUUCAGAGACCUUUGGAGCCAUUCAUGAAGAAACCACAACUCUGCCUCGCAGUAGCAGCACUUCUGACAUCGUGGGGCCCUUUGCAGCUGAGAGACUGAAAGCUAACAAGGAAGAUUUGACUUCGCAGUUAAAUGCCCUUAACAGUGAGAUCAACUCAAGUGCC